UCUUACAUUAUAUCUUUUUGAGUCAUAAACAACAAAACAAAUGUAUUAUGCCUUUUUUUUUUCUUUGACAAUCCACACUCUUCCAAAGUAAAACAUGACCAAUCUUCAUCAAUAUGAAGAUCACCACUUCAACACUCCACAGGGCCAAAAGUAUUGCUCAUCUUAAACAAACCCACGCACUCUUUCUCAAACUCCUCACUCCAAAUCCACCCCAUCACCUUUGGGGUCGUAUGCUACUUCGGGUUCUCCAAUUUAGUGCUGAAAAAUCCAAUCUUUGUUAUGCCUACAAACUGUUUGAUACAAUGCCAAAUUGCUCCAAUUGCUUCCUGUGGACUUCUCUCAUUCGCGCAUUCCUUUCCCAUCACACACAUUUUCGCCAUUGCAUUUCUACCUACGCUAGAAUGCACCAAAAUGGGAUUUUUCCAUCUGGGUUCACAUUUUCCUCGGUCCUCAACGCGUGUGGCCGUGUCCCGGCCAUGUUUGAAGGGAAACAAGUGCAUGCUAGGUUGGUGCAGUCAGGGUUUCUUGGAAACAAUAUUGUGCAAACUGCACUCCUUGAUAUGUAUGCAAAAUGUGGCUUUGUAUGUGAUGCACGUGACAUUUUUGAUGAAAUGGUUGAGAGAGAUGUUGUUGCUUGGACGGCUAUGAUUUGUGGGUAUGCCAAGAUGGGGAGAAUGGUUGAUGCAAGGCUGUUGUUUGAUAGCAUGGGGGAAAGGAAUUCUUUUACUUGGACUACUAUGGUUGCUGGGUAUGCAAACUGUGGUGACAUGAAUGCUGCCAAGGAAUUGUAUGAUGUCAUGAGUGGCAAGGACGAGGUCACAUGGGUUGCAAUGAUAUCUGGGUAUGGGAAGUUAGGGAACAUGAGUGAAGCGAAAAGGAUAUUCGAUGAAAUAGUAGUGCCACAAGAUCCAUCAACUUGUGCAGCAAUGCUGGCUUGUUAUGCUCAAAAUGGAUAUGCAAAGGAAGCUAUUGAGAUGUAUGAGAAAAUGAGACAAGCAAGGAUUAAAAUCACCGUGGUGGCAAUGGUGGGUGCUAUAUCAGCUUGUGCUCAACUUAGGGACAUUAGAAUGUCUAACUCUUUAACAAACCAUAUCGAGGAGGAUUUUUGUGAAAGGACACAUAUUGUUUCCAAUGCAUUGGUUCACAUGCACUCAAAGUGUGGAAAUAUAGACUUAGCAUGGAGGGAGUUUAGUAUAAUGAGAAACAGAGAUUUGUAUUCUUACAGUGCGAUGAUUGCAGCUUUUGCUGAGCAUGGAAAAUCACAAGAUGCUAUAGAUCUUUUUUUAAAGAUGCGGCAGGAAGGUUUAAAGCCAAACCAAGUUACAUUCAUUGGUGUCCUCAAUGCAUGUAGCUCUUCAGGUCUUAUUGAAGAAGGUUGUAGGUUUUUUCAGAUUAUGACUGGGGAGUAUGAUAUUGAGCCCUUACCUGAGCACUAUACUUGCAUGGUUGAUCUCUUUGCGAGGGCCGGACAAUUGGAAAGGGCAUACAGUUUCAUAAAAGAGAGUUCAUAUCGUGCUGAUGCAAUAACUUGGGGUUCUUUAUUAGCAGCUUGUCGAAUUUAUGGCAAUGUGGAAUUGGGUGAGACUGCUGCCAGACAUCUCUUUGAGAUUGACCCUGCAGAUUCUGGAAAUUAUGUUCUUCUUGCAAACACUUAUGCAUCAAAGGAUAAAUGGGAAUGUGCAGAAGAAGUUAAGAAGUUGAUGAGUAAAAAGGGGAUGAAAAAACCUUCAGGGUAUAGUUCGAUUCAAAGAGAGAUCAAAGGACAGAAUAAAGAAGAACAUUGCUUGUCAGUCUCGUGAUUAACUUAUGUAUUGACGAGCAUUGCACAUCAUUUUCGUUGCCUAUAUAUUCCAAGUUUUCAGUAAUUGUGAGAGUGGCUUUUGAGUUACAAGCUUUAUUUUCUAAUCCAUCAUACCAUGAAGCGAUUGGAGAAGGCUGCCAAUCAAUCUGAUGAUAGGAACCAGCUUCGUGCCACUGUUUGGAAUUGUAUGGGGUUGAAGAAGCAGAAAAUUAACAUUCCACUGUACAGAUGGUGCAGUCAUUGUUUGAGAAGCUUGAGGUGUUAUAAUUGAUCCACAAGUCACUUUAUUUGGUCAUUAAGUAUUCUCCAGCAAAUUUUUCAUGCGUAAAAAGUGCUAUCUCAUUAGGUGUAUAAAUUUUCCUAUACUAAAGUUUUGAUGUAUAAAUGCAUAUUUUUUGUAUAAUUGAACUUUCAUAUAUUCGGAAUACUAAUAAUAGAGUCAUCACUAACGAA